AAUAAAAACCAAAAAAUGUUUUCCAAAUUAAAAAUAUUAUUUACCCUACUGGCUGCAUUUACGAUAAUUGAGUGUGUGGCAGCUCAAAGACCUCAUGCCGAUGUGAAUGUUUUGCAAUUGAUUGCUCGCUCCACUGAUUUAAUGGCUAACAAUCCUAGAGGAUCUUCGAAUUGUUUCAGUUACUAUGUCAAUGAAAUGGGAGAAAUUACUACAAAAUAUGAAACAGACUAUGAUAAUUGCUGUAAUUUAGCUAAAAAUCAACGACUUAAUGUCGAAUUGGAUACGGCGGAUUCACGUGAAAGUUUUGGAAAUCGCACACAAAAAUCAUGUGAUGCCUUGACUCAGUGCAAAGAGGAGUCAUCGGUUGAUGGUGAAUAUCAAUGUUAUAUAUAUGAGGGCAAUGAUAAUGCCAAAGUUUUGCAUGACAUCUCAAAUGAGGCUUUUAUUGAAUUUGCUGAAUUUUUGGAAAAAAUUCGUAUAAUUGAAAACAAUGAAAAUAUAUGCACCAAUGAAACGAGAAAAGUCUAUGAAGACGAAAGCUGGGAUGCUUAUGUAAAUUUAGACGAUUGUCUUAAGGGUCGUAAGGAACCACCAACACCUAAACCUACACCAGAACCUACACCAAAACCAACAGCAGAACCAACACCAGAACCUACACCAAGUCCUGAACCAUCAACAACUACUGAAGAAACUACCACCGAAAGCGAAGAAAUCACCACUACACCAGAAGAUGAAGAUGACUUUUGACAAACCUUAGGAAUUUUAACAUAUUGAAAUAAUGACAUAAUGCCUACACAGAAAAAAAGGACAAUAGUUUUUAAGUAAUUAAAUAAAAUGUUUGAUACUUAAUCAAAAUAAUAAGUUUAAA